UGUGACUUAAAAUGCUUGACAUUUAGCCAGAAUUUUCAUUAAAAGAGAAGAGUGCAAAGAAUUAAAUAUAAACCGUGUCUCCCGGGUGUUUUAACUGUGAUUAACCAUAUCGUUACGCUACGAAAGAACUACUGUCUCCCCUGAAUUAAAAACCAAAAUGGAUAUUAAAGCCUCGACGCCGCCAGUCCUUGAAGUGGCCGAUACUCCGGCCGCCAAGUUAGGAACAAAUGCUGCCGGACCAGGAUCCGGGCCGGGAUCGUUGGGAUCGGCCAAUGCCUCGCUGGCCAGCAACUCCAACACCGCCGCCACAUUCCAGCACAUCUUCGAGCAGCUGGUGCAGCAGAGCGGCGGCAACCACAAGCUCCCGCCCAAGCAGCUGGAGCACCUGCGCCACCUGCUCGGCAAUGUCCGCGACGCCAAGAACCUCCAGCUGAUUGUGGAGAAGUUCAAGAACCUGGAGCAGUUCCACGAGCACUAUGCCGCCCAUCUGGCCAACAACAACACUGUGAUCUCGGCGGAAGAUAGCAACGAAUUGCUGAAGGAUAAUGCCAGGAAGUUCGGUUCGGGAGGACAAACGCUGACACCCCGGCACACAAUCGAUGCCAUUCUGGGCCUGAAAAAUCGCAAUGGAAAUGGAACCGGAAAUGGACGAGCGGAAGCGAUCAGCGAUGGCGAAAUUGAUCCCUCUUUGGGAGACGAGGAUGCAACGGAUCUGCGCUGUGGCAUGACCCUGACGCAGUUGCGCAACAUGGACAGCCACAUGGCCAGCAUGCUGCAGCAGCAUGCCAAGAACGGAGGUGGCCUGCCCUACGGCCCCCCAACUCCACCCGGCGGUCAGCAACAGCCCCAGAGUCAAACCCCGAGUGCAGCUCCCCUCCAUGGGCAUGGACAGCAGAUCGGUGGGGGUCAGCCGGUGGGUCAUCCGACGCAUUCCUCCCUAUCUGCUCAUCCUGCACACCAUGGACAUGCGCCCUUUGGCUACCACAAUGCCUUCGGGUUUGCCCAGGGACAUGGUUACGGAGGACCCCAAGAGGAGGCAGCAGGCAAUUACCUCAACUCGAUGCACCAGAUGGUCGAGGCCAAUCAAAUGCAGCCGGCUGCACCACCGCCCCCCUUGCCACCCAGCUCCUUUGGCAGUCAUCAACAGCACUUGGCUGCCUUGGCUGCGCAGGCGCAGGAGCAGCAGCAGCAGCAGCAGCAACAGCAACAGCAUCAGCAGAAUCAACAUGGCAAAUACGCCAAGUCAUCGCCGCCUCCUCCGCCUGGCGGUUACUUCUUGGAUGGCCAGACGGCGCCGGGCGCGCAGUCGCAGAUUGGCUACGACGAGCGUUCAAUGUCCUCCAACAGCGACAUGGAGGAGGACGACGAUGAUGCAGCAAAGUUGCCCCUAGACGUUACCUCGCCGCCCACUCCGGCGCCACGCGGUCCGCUGGCCGCCGUCUCCGCCGCCGGUAAGCGCAAGUCCGCCGGCGUCUUCUGUGAUGAUAAUGAGUCCAAAUUGGCCAACGGUCAGAUGGGGGGUAAUUACGCUAUCCGAGCGCGUAGCCUGGAUGAAGUGCAACAUCAGCAGCAUCACCAGCAACACCAGCAGCAGCAACAGUCGCAGCAACACCAGCAACAGCAGAGCUUUCAGCACGAAUAUCGCAACAGCAACAGUGGCAACAGCAACGGCAACGGUCACCCCAAUGGCAAUGGCAACGGAUCCGCCGGAGAUCAUGUCGAGCGGCUCAAUGCGGACAGCGAUAGUUUGGUCAACGGGAGCUGUGCAUCCAGCGAGGAUCUUAACCAGACCAACAGCAGCGAGCAGGGGGAGAAGAUCACCUCGGGCAGCGAUGAUGAGGGCCAGGACGAUAACUGCGCGAAGAAAAAGCACCGGAGGAAUCGCACCACCUUCACCACCUAUCAGCUGCACGAGCUGGAACGGGCCUUUGAGAAGUCUCAUUACCCCGAUGUCUACUCCCGCGAGGAGCUGGCCAUGAAGGUGAACCUACCCGAGGUCCGCGUCCAGGUGUGGUUCCAGAACCGCCGGGCCAAGUGGCGUCGCCAGGAGAAGUCGGAGAGCCUGCGUCUGGGUUUGACCCACUUCACCCAGCUGCCCCACCGACUGGGUUGCGGUGCAUCCGGUUUGCCGGUGGAUCCUUGGCUAUCGCCGCCCCUGUUAAGCGCUCUGCCAGGAUUCCUGUCGCACCCGCAGACGGUUUACCCCAGCUAUCUGACGCCACCGUUAAGCCUGGCACCCGCCAACCUGACCAUGAGCAGCCUGGCGGCCAUGGGCCACCAUCACGCCCACAACGGUCCACCGCCGCCCCCACACGGUGGCCAUGGGGGGCAUGGUCAGCCACAGCCGCCGCCACCACCGCCCCCACCCCACGGAGUGCCCCACCCGCAUGCCGGCCAUCAUGUGGUGCCGCUGUCGCACCUGUCGCCGCAUCUGGCACGCAUGUCACCGCAUGCGACAUCCCUGGGCUCGCCGCACCACGGAGUGAAUCCCCUGAGCACGCCUCACCACAGCAGCCUGCCGCCAAGCUCGACGUCUACGAACGUUGCCGCUGCUGCUGCUGCUGCUACUGUGUCGUCCUCGCAGUCGUCCUCCUCCUCCGCCUCACUGGAGUGCAGCGGCCCGGACGUGUGCAUGUCGCCGCAGAACCUGAGCAUCGGAAAUGCGGACUCGAAUGGGGAGGGACGGGACCUUAGCAGUGACCUGGAUGCCGGAAGCAGCAGCAGUAACCAGGGCACUGGCCUGGACAAGUGCGCGGCCAGCGCCAAUAUCGAGCUGCUGGAUGUGGGUCGGGACAGUCCACCGCCACCGUCCACACCCAAGCUCUCUGCGACGCCGCCGGCGGACAUGAGGAGCAACUCGAUCGCCACGCUGCGGAUUAAGGCCAAGGAGCACCUGGAUAACCUCAACAAGGGCCUUGUCUCCAUGGUCUAGUCGAAGACUCUGAGGCUGGCAGUUCCCGAGUCCUGAGUUCCGUUCCAAUCAAAAUCAUUCCUCUCCCCCAUAUCAUCUUCUAGGUGUGUUCUAAGUUUAGUGAAUUUCGUGUUGUAAGAGUUUAUUUCGGAGCCAGUUUCUUGUGUCGUUAACUCCACUCAUGUGCAAAGUGUAUUUGUAAAAUUUCAAUUACUUCAAAGACAAA